AUGACAGGAAUAGGAAUCGGAAACGUUGAAGUUGGUGCACUAAUUACCAUAAUUUUCAUAUUUGCUCCAACUGUUUCAUCGCAAAGUUCACCAGAGAUACCCGAAGAUAAAUCACAAGUGAGUGCGUGGUUUGACGCCAACGUCAUGCCUGCAUCUGAGAGAACUGGCAGCAUAGACCCUGUCCUUGCACAGGCCGAGACUGAACCUACAGUGGUAAAAGUGGUGCAAGGUGGCGGUGGAGAUUUUGAAACCAUAACCGAAGCCAUUGAGAGCGUUCCGGAAGGGAACGACAAACGCGUGAUUAUAUCGAUUGGACCUGGUUCUUAUAAAGAGAAAAUCAAAAUUGAACGAACUAAACCAUUCAUUACAUUCCAUGGGGAUCCCGACGGGAUGCCAACUUUGACAUUCGAUGGUACCGCACAUGAUUAUGGAACAGUAGACAGUGCCUCCCUUAUUGUGGAGUUUGAUUUCUUUAUGGCUGUUAAUCUCAUUAUAGAAAAUUCUGCUUCGAGACCAGACGGGAAAACGGAGGGAGCACAAGCGGUUGCCCUGAGAAUCUCUAGCGAUGAGGCGGCUUUCUAUAACUGCAAGAUCAUUGGUUUCCAAGAUACUUUGUGUGAUGACAGGGGCAACCAUUUCUUUAUGAACUGCUAUAUUCAUGCCACUGUUGAUUUCAUUUUCGAAAGUGAAAAGUCUUUGUAUCUGAACACAGAAUUAUACGUAGACGGGGAUACGGGACUAACAGUAAUCACAGCACAAGCAAGGGAAAGUCAAGAGGAGAACACUGGUUAUUCUUUUGUGCAUUGCACCAUUACUGGAACAGCGCAAGGUGCAUAUCUGGGUAGAGCUUGGAAGACCAGUCCAAAAGUUGUUUAUGCCUACACUGAUAUGAGCGAAGUCAUCAAUCCCGAGGGAUGGUCUCAUAAUUUACAACCUGAGCGCGCCCAAACUGUUUUCUACGGAGAAUACAAGAACACAGGGCCAGGAGCUGAUCAAGCUGGGCGAGUGCCAUUCGCUGCACAGCUAACUGAGAAUGUUGCCCAAGAAUUCUUAAAUCUUGGUUGCAUUGAGGGUAGCAGAUGGUUGCUUCCGCCUCCAAAUAUCUAA